AUGAAGAUGCAAGCCGAGGUGAUCCGCGAAGGCGAGCUGGAGAAGCGGAGCGACAGCCUUUUCCAGCUGUGGAAGAAGAAGCUGGUGGUGCUGACCAAGGACAGCCUCAGCCUUUUCCCCGACGGGCACAAGCGGGCCAAGGGCAAGGAGCUGGGUUUCGGCUCAAUCCUAAAGGUGGACUGCGUGGAACGCACGGGCAAGUACAUCUACUUCACCAUCGUCACCAAGGACCGCAAGGAGAUUGACUUUCGGUGCCCGGACCAGAGCUGCUGGAACGCCUCCAUCACCAUGGCCCUCAUCGACUUCCAGAACAAACGGGCCAUACAGGACUUCAAGAGUCGCCAGGAGCUGGAGCAGGCGGCGGGGGCCCAAGAGCGGCGGCUGGCCCGGGCACCCUGA